AUGCACUACUCCUCCGUCUCUCUUUCGCUUUCUCAAGCUACCGCAACCGCCGCGUCAGCUGCAAUCACCGGAUCACGCAACUACAAUGCUCGCGAUUCCUUCUCUUUCUCUUCUUCGAAGAUGGUGAAUCCUCGAUUUUGUGGAUUAAGGAGGGAGGCCUUUGGAUUCUCGUCUUCUCUCACUCGCCUCCAACUCGCACGAGUUCACCUUCCGAGUCGACAACGCUUUAACGCAAGUAACGUCUCUGCUUCUCUCUCGGUAAUGGAACUCCGAAAUCUUUUGACUAUGAUUGGUUAUCAUUGGAGCUGGUGUCGGAGGCCAUGGAGCUGGCUGCAUGCUGUAGAGAAGGUUGCUGCUGCUGGGUAUGAUAGACAGGGAGUGGCUGAUCACGCAAAUAAUCUGGCUACAAAAAUUCGUAAUAAUUUAACAAAUUCAAUGAAAUCUCUUGGGGUGGACAUAUUGACUGGUGUUGGGACAGUUUUGGAGUUCUCUAAUAAGUUAGUAAUGACCUGCGGGAAGACUGUGAUCACAAGUGACCAUGCACUCAAAUUGGAGUCUGUUCCUGACUGGAUUGCAAUUGUAGGAGUGGCUAUAGGACUUGAAUUAGUGAUGUAUAUAACUGCACUUGGAAGUGAGGUUACUUUUAUUGAAGCUCUAGAUCAGCUUAUGCCUGGAUUUGAUCCUGAGUUGAUAUACUCCGGCAAAGGAUGGGAAACCAGUCAUAUUGAGCUUAUUGAUGCAAAGAAGGAACCCAAAGUACAUUGGAGGUAA